AGUGGGACCUGGUGUGCGAGAAUGACUGGAAGAACCCGCUCGCCAUCUCCUUUUUUUUCCUGGGUGUGCUGUUGGGCUCCUUCAUUUCAGGACAGCUCUCAGACAGGUUUGGUCGAAAGUUCGUGCUGUUUUUGACCAUAUGCAUGCAGACAGUCUUCAGCUUCCUACAGAUCUUCUCAGUGAACUUCGAGAUGUUUACCGUGCUGUUUAUCUUCGUAGGCAUGGGCCAGAUCUCCAACUACGUGGCAGCAUUUGUCCUGGGUUCAUCCCCGAGUCCCCCCGGUGGCUCAUCUCUCAAGGGCGAAUUAAAGAGGCAGAGGUAAUCAUCCGCAAGGCUGCCAAAACCAAUGGGAUUGUUGCACCCUCCAUCAUCUUUGAUCCAAAUGAGUUACAAGACCUAAAUUCCAAGAAGCAUCAGUCCCACUCCAUUCAGGAUCUGAUCCUAACCAGCAACAUCCGGGCAGUCACCAUCAUAUCCAUAAUCCUGUGGCUGACCAUCGCAGUGGGCUAUUUCGGACUUUCACUUGACACUCCCAACUUGAAUGGGGACAUCUACUUGAACUGCUUCCUUUCGGCAGCAGUUGAAGUCCCAGCCUACGUGUUGGCCUGGCUGCUGCUGCGGUGUCUGCCCCGGCGCCAUUCCAUGUCUGCUUCCCUCUUCCUGGGUGGCGUUGUCCUUCUCUUCGUGAAGCUCGUGCCCUCAGAGUUGGCAUAUGUGGCGACCACCCUGGUGAUGAUAGGCAAGUUUGGAGUCACCGCUGCCUUUGCCAUGGUGUAUGUAUACACAGCCGAGCUGUACCCCACUGUGGUCAGGAACAUGGGUGUUGGUGUCAGCUCCACAGCAUCCCGCCUCGGCAGCAUCCUGUCUCCCUACUUCAUUUACCUUGGUUCCUAUGACCGCUUCCUGCCUUACAUCCUCAUGGGAGGUCUGACUGUCCUGACGGCAGUCCUCACCUUGUUCUUCCCAGAGAGCUUCGGUGUCCCUCUCCCAGACACUAUCGACCAGAUGCUAAAGGUCAAAGGAAUAAAACAUAGAGAAACCCAAAACCACACAAGGAUGGUAAAAGCUGAUGAAGCCAGCCCUACAGUCCUUAAAAGCACACCCCUUUAACACCAUCUUCACAGGCAGCAGCUCCGCAGGUGAGAAAGAGCCGGACAGGGAAGCCUGCAUCUUGUCAGACACGUGCUCAGUGACAGAGGGCUUUUCUGUUCUGUUGACCUUGUGUCUGACUUGCUCAUGGGUGGGAACUCAGACUGUGAGGGUCGCAUGGUUCUGGAGAGCUGCCUUCCUCCAGGGACACCAUGGCUGCCUGAAGAUGGCUUACACAUCCUGACACACCAUGGUGGACCUGGCCCUUCUUUCCAAAGAAGUUAAUGAUUCCCUUGAACAGUGGAACUUGGAAGACUAUGAAGGACAACUGGUCGACAUGCGCUUUAACUUCAGAAGACCUGAAAAGGUCCCAAAUAAAACUGGAUGUCUGAGCUUUCCUCUUCUCUCCCUAAGUGGUGGACUCAGAGAACAAGGAGCCCACAGAGCUCAGCAGUAGAGGGCCCGCCUGCCGGGAUGCACAGCCCGAGUUCAGUCCCAAGCACCAGAAAGAAACAAAACAUUUCUUUUCCGAAAAGAAAUGCUUCCACAAGGCAUUUAAUUUCUCAUCUUUUCUCAGUUAGAAAGACAGUAACUGGGAUGGUUUUGAUUUACAGAAGCACACAAGACCUAGGGUAACCUACAGGAAGUUAAGGUAGAGAAGACCGGGCAGGUACAGAAUGUAGGCAAAUGUGGGGCUUGCGACUGCUCAGUCCCACUGCCAGGUGUGCUGCUUGCGACUGCUCAGUCCCACUGCCAGGUGUGCUGUUUACGUCUGAUCCAAACACUGAGCCUGUGCAGGCCCAUGAGAAGUACAUCGUUGAAUCUAAUUCUUGUUUUCCACUACAGUGUUAAGUGGGGCUUCCUGGCUCCUGUGGCUGCGUGUCUGUGGCUUGAAGGAACUGUGUGACUGGGUUGUCCCUUCUCAGCACUGUAUUUGAGGGUCUGAUUCUGUUGUUUGUCAUUUCUGUUGCAUCAUCACCUUAAGUUAUUUGCCCUUCAGCAGAGACUUGGGAAUGACUAGCUCCUUAGUCUCCUGGUUUGUGUCCUUAUUUCUCAGCCCAGAAUCCCUCUGACAGUGGUGUGUGAUUGCCACAGUUCAGGGCCUUCCCAGCCUUAGCCACUAGUGCUGCUCCGAGUGGCAGCAACCUCAUUGUGCCUCCUUUUGUGAUACCUAAUCAUGGGGAAAACUCUAAGACAGAAAGGAAAAUCAUGCUCACAGCCUUCCAGAGUUGCUCACUCCCGUCAGGGAACAUUGGCACGUGUUUUGUGUCCGGAGUAUUUGUCUUCUCUUCUGAUUAUGUUGCUGUGAUACUCCAAAAGCUCACGCUUUGCCUGUUUUUGUUUUGUUUAGUUUUGUUUUUAAAAAGAAAAACAAACAGUAUAUUUUGUGGAAGCUUCUGAAGUGCCUUCAGCAAUGAGACAGUUUUAAUAAACAAUGAUUUUUUUUCAA